AUGAAUAUUCCUCUAACUAGAGAAGAGAUCGAUGAAAUCCAUGUACAAAAAGUGGAGAACAUACAUUUUGUUUCCAAUGAAACUGUAACAUCUGUAUAUGCUUCUGGAGAUCCUGCUAUAAAAUGUCCAAAGGAUGCUGUUGAGAUGCUCUUCGAAAAACCGGCGCAUCGUUUACGAUCAAAAAUCAAACAUGAAUCAUUCGACCAUGAUGUAACACAAGAAGAGAUGGAUGCUGCCGCCCAAUUUGGACGAUUUCCUCAUCGUCCAAGCGAUUUAUUUCUCAAAAUAUUUCAUGGUGUGGUUUAUACGGCCGAACUUGACCUAAUGGCUGGUUGUAUAUCACCAAGAUUAGUUGGCGCGUCUGGUGUGGUUCCUCUAUCAAUUAUUUCUACGAAUCCAGAUAUCAUGCAUCAUUACUUUCAUGUUAUUUCACAUGCUCAAAAAGAAGUUCUAUUUGCAACAUGCUCGUGGCAAAAAGGUGGAACUGCAAAUCUUGUUUGUAACGCUUUGCGAGCUUUGAGCAAACGUGCUACUCAAGAAAAACGUCAUGUUAUUGUCAAACUGAUGAUAGAUCAUUUUACGAAAGGAAAUCUGUUGCAUGCUCACACCAUAUUACCACCUCAUAAAUGGGCGGAAAGUUGUAUUCCUACAGCGGAAGAACUGCCUAAUAUCUCAAUGGAAGUCAAUACUUACCAUCGAAUAGUCGUAGGAGCAUUUCAUUGUAAAUAUCUGGUCGUCGAUCGGAAAAUUGCUCUCUUAAAUAGUAAUAAUAUUUAUGAUCGACCAAAUUUAGAGAUGAUGGUACACUACGAAGGAGAUAUUGUGAAUUCAUUUUAUGAUACAUAUCUUAUCUCUUGGCAAUUACCUUUUCAACCUAAUCUUGUAUGUUUACAAGAAGAAGCACCAGUCAAUCAAGAUUUCAAGUUUGGUGUUGGAGUUACAACAAUUGAAUCUGUGACAGGAUCAUUGAAAGAAGCAGUUGCUCAAACACGGUUAAGACUUCAACGUAAUCUUAACACCGAAGAAGACGGUGAAAUUGAUCCGGAAGAACUAUCUUCAUACUUAGGCGAUGAAGAACAACAAUCAUCAUCAUCAUCUGAACAGACAGCAACGCCUCAUCAUGAUUUUUCAAGUGUUGUAGCGAAAGCUUUUCCACAUAAACCAUUCCCUAUUGCUCUUAUCAAUCGUUUGUCACAUGGUGCUCCAGGUCAUCGAAAUACAGUUAAUCCACAAAAUGUUGCAUGGACAAGUGCUUUUCGAUACGCUCAACGUUCGAUAUUUAUUCAAUCACCAAUGUUCAAUGCGUCAGGAGUAGUCGAUGGUGUUAUAUCUGCCUGUCAACGUGGCGUUCAAGUGGUUUUAUGGCUUGAUUUAGGUUAUGACGGUAAGAAAGAAGGUUUUGGAACAUUUCAAGGUGGAACAAACGACCAUGUUGCAAAGAAACUCUACAAAAAACUUAAAGAAGGUGGUGAUGGAGCAGAAAACAAUCUUCAAGUUUUCUGGUAUACUGCAAAAGAUCAAACACAUCCUUUUCAUUUUGCACAAAAGAAACGUAAUUGUCAUGUUAAAUUCAUGUCCAUCGAUGAUCAAGUUGGUAUCAUGGGCACUGGCAAUAUGGAUACACAAACAUGGUGCCAUUCUGCGGAAACUAAUACAAUGAUCGAUUCGCCUUUGAUUGUUAAAGAAUGGAUUGAAGCUUUAUAUAAAAAUCAAUCUACAGGUCAAUAUGGCAGAAUAGGUCAGGAUGGUAAAUGGCGCGAUGCGAAUGGUAAUUUGGAUCCUCGUGGUGGAAAAUAA